AUGAAAAUUGACUUUGAAAUAAUAAAAUUUUGGAUUUUUAAAAUUUCUCUUAUAGUACGUAUAGAUCCUUGUAUCAAUUCCAAAGAAACUAGUAUCGCUUCUAUUUCUUAUUUUGAAUGCAACAAAAUUAAUGAUAAAUUAAAAGAAAAUAAAUCAAAAGAAAAAUUUUUUAAUAUAAUACUUAAACAACUUUUAUUUGAUAAUGGUAUUAAAUUACCCUCAACAAUUCUUUUAAAACCACCUUCAUUUAAUUAUAUUAUUUAUUGUAAAUUUCUGAAAUCUAAACUUAUUAAAGAAAUUAUAGAAAUGGUAUCUGGUGAAAUAUUUAUAACUGGAAGUUAUGGAAAAUACAAAUAUUUAGAACAAGAGUUAUACAAAUUAUACAUUAGAGCCUCAACAUGUUUUUCUCAACUUCAUGGUUUGAGUAUUGAAAUUGAUAAAGUUGAUACUGAUUUGCUUUAUAAGAUGUCACAACUUUUUGAUGUACAAAGAAAGUUAAAAAGUGUAUCAUUCGAAUUUCAUAUUAAGAAAGGCCCUACUUGUAAAGAAUUAAGCGAAGCAUUAGCAAGGAAAGGAAAUACGAUUAAUAAACUUAAUUUACAAUCUGCAACUUUAGUUGAAAAAACAAGAGGAGAUAUUUCACAAGUCAAUAUUUAUACUGUUGCUGAAAAUACAGGAAUAUUUAUUAAAGCAAUAGCUAAUAAUUGUUCAAAUAUUGAACAAUUAUCAACAUAUCUUGUACCUGAAGAUUUCGAUUAUGUUAAAUCAUUGUUAUUGAAUUGUGAUAAUUUAUUAGAUAUAUUAACAAAAUUUUCACCAAAGUCUUUUUUAAUUGUAAUUAGUGCAGGUUGUAAAUAUUCUGUUGAUGCUUUUGAAAGAUUUUUUAAAAGUUGUAGGAAACGAAAAUUAUAUUUUUUUGGAAUCACUUAUAAUAGUGAUAAUUUUGAAAAUAUUACAUAUAAACAUAGUUCUGGAGCAAUACGAGUUCUCUUUACAGAUAUCAAAUUACCUGCAUUGCUAAAUAAUCUUUCAGAAGCCGUUGCCAAUUUUGAAAGAAUUGGAAAUUGUUUGGCAUGCAAAUCCUACCAAGUAAAAGGGUCUCAGUAA